AUGCCAGAAUCGAAACCUGGUGAGAAAAAUGGACACGGUGUUGAGAAAAUGAAGAAGAUACUGAUAGCUGUGGCUUUGGUUUGCUUCAUCGCAAAGUCUGCGACAAAUAUCAAAUUUCUGGACGACUUGAACGAAACAUUUGCGGCAUAUGAUACAGAACUCACCCCAGCUGGCAGUCCCUUGCUUAUGUCCCGCGCGUUCUUUGCACUGACGUACAGUUUUGGAAUGAUGUUGUAUUGCGUUUGUGGAACGCUGCACGUCAAUGGAUCUUCAAUUAUCGAUUCAAGCUUUUAUGGAGCAUUUUCACUAUCUUGCGUCAUGGAAUCGUUAGGUAUCGUGCUUUGGGCAUUUGAAAAGACCAUAUCUUCGUUUAUAUUAAUGUGCACUUCAACCCUCUUGCAAUACCCUGCGAUGUAUCAGGCCUAUACGUCACUAUACUACGCCAAAGCAAACGAAAAUGAACUGGAGGCCAGCACAAUAUGGUGCCAUCGAAUAUUCAUUCAGUCUGCUCUCAUAUUUGAUUGUGCGUGGAACACUGUCUUCGUCAUUCUCUCCCUGGCUGUGGUUCUUUGCUACGAUGUUGGGUUAACCUCGUUCCAAGCAUCAGUAGCCUCGUUGCUGGUCUUUGCAGUAAUCUUGAUUGCUUGGUUUCUAAUUGAGAAUUUUGCAGUGGAAAAAUAUGUUCGAUUUGCUGUCGUAGAGUACAUUGCAAUUUCAACCGGUUUGACAAGCUUAUUCUCUCGAGAGAGAGCGAGUGAAAGUUACUUUUCCUCCUUACUGCUGUCAAUGAUGGCAAUAGUCCUCAUUCUCCUAUUUCUACGUGUCAUUUUGAUCAUUUGCUUUGAGAAUAAACGAAAAAUUCAAGAUCGCAUGUAUACAAUGGUGACUCUUUAA